CCGGGUCUGCGAUAAGGUUCAAGGCGCGAAUAGCGCCACAAUCGUCGCACAGAACGGCCAGUACGAAUUUUAUAGAAGUUUGCGUUACUCAUUAUCAACGUAAAAAACGAUAAUCCGCGUUUGUGCAGGCGCCAGUGCGUUCGCGUGUCCCUGCCCGCGCACCUAUGCGGUUAUAGUUUGAAACAAGUCGAUCAAUACGGAACAAUGGAUUGGCGGUGCCGCCGCGGCUGGAGGCGCAAGGACUGACGUGCGCGUGUACACCCCGGAUCGUGUGCCAGUGUCUGUGUAGUGAGUCGGUAUGGAGAAGUCUCCGCGGUUCAAUUUUCCGCCGGAGAGCUACUCGGCUGUUUACACGGGCGACGACGGGGCGACUAGUGCGAAUCAAGUGGAAACAAAUUCCAAAUCACCCUCCUGUCAGACAUGUGAGUCGCCGUCGGUGGGGUCACCGGCAACCAGUAUUGCAACCCCGCCGUCUUCGCUUUUCAAUUGCUUCCAGUGUCCAUUCAGAAAUGACAUCAGGGUUGUUCCAAAAGGCAAACGCACAGCAGAAAAAGUCGCUGUGCCAACCAAAGAAGAAGAACGCUGGCGUGGCAAGGAUGAGGGUGUGCUUUUGUUUAAACGUUGGAGACGCGCCCCUGCAUCUGCGGAGCCCGCUCCCGUACCUGCCGCCGCACCCUCAGCACCAGCGACAGCACAACCCUCGGAGUUACUCAAGUUCCUAGCUAUUAAUGCACUGGAGUUAUCAGCUCCUGCUUCAGACGCUCUGUUAAAGUCCCGCUCGUCUGAAUGGUUCCAGUUGUCUGGUCAUCCCGGAUCCCUCGCACCUGCAGGCCCGGGGACCGUAUGGAAGCGGCGCGCGGCUGGGGAUCAUCCCGCCCAUAAUCCUGAACGUGACGCUUAUGAAGCCCUUGCGGCAUGUCCUCACAUGCGAUCAGCUAUACCACGAUAUUACCGUGAACUCGAGUAUUCGGGGGAACGGUUCAUCGAACUCCAAGAUUUAUUGCACGGAUUCCGUGAUCCUCAUGUUAUGGACAUUAAAAUGGGUACGCGCACCUUUCUCGAAGAUGAAGUAAGCAACGCUCGUGCACGUACUGAUCUUUACGAGAAGAUGGUUCGUUUGGAUCCCAAUGCUCCCACCGAAGCUGAGCACGUAUCACGUGCUGUAACUAAAUUGCGAUAUAUGCAGUUCCGUGAACAACGCUCGUCGUCUGCUCAACAAGGUUUCCGCAUUGAAGCCGUAAAGCUUCCCGGUCAGCCGCCUCUUACUGAUCUUCAGAAAGUGCGUGAGCCUCAACAACUGACAGCAACAGUGGCAAGAUUUUUAGGAAACGAUGAACACGCACGUAAGGCCAUCGCCACACGACUUCGUGAAAUAAGAGAACUAUUUGAACAGUCUGAAUACUUUAAAACUCAUGAAAUCGUUGGAAGUAGCAUUUUCAUCAUCUAUGAUGAUGAACGAGUUGGAGCUUGGCUUAUCGACUUUGCUAAGACAAGACGUGUACCGGAAGGAACUCAGGUGGACCACCGUUCACCUUGGAAACAAGGAAAUCACGAGGAAGGCUUCCUCUUUGGUUUAGAUAGAUUGAUAAAUACAAUAGAGACUGCGAAGUUACCACAGAGUGAUGAAGCUUCAAAAGAACCAGACGUAUCACGUUGAGCACUAGGCGAGAGGACCCUGGACUCGCCCUGAGGUCAUUGUCACCGUUCGCUUGGCCCUUGUGCCUUAGUACUGCCCCUUUGCGCUCCCAGAUCGACGCACGGAGAUGUACUCAAAAAUUGCAUAUUUGUGAUGUUUAUAUGGAAGAGAAAUGCGAUGGUUCGCUUUUAAUUUUGAUCUAGUCCUUAAUUAUAAAAUAUCUUAUUUUUA